CCUCCCUGCACCAGCACGGCGCAAAAGAGCGGGAACCCCAACCAAGUGCGGCGGCGGAAGCGGAGCGGAACGGAACGGAGAACUCCCGGCAGCCAGCACAACCCCCCAAAAUGGCGGAGCCGCCCCGCCCCGCCGCUGCGCCCACGGGCGGCGUCCGCCCGGAGAAUUGGAGGAAGGAGGCGGGCGAGCGGCUGCGGCGGCUCCACUCUCUCCUCUUCGGGGCCGACGCCGCGCUCGAGCGCGGGGACCCCGCGGCGGCGCAGGCGCUCGCGCUCCGCCUCCUCGGCUUCCUCGACUCCGAGGCCCUCGCCGCCGGCGCGGGCCCCGAGGACGCCGCCUUCGUCGCGCCCAUCCGCGCCGCGGCCUCCGCGCGGCUCGCCGCCGCCUCGCGCGCCCGCGCCCCCGACAGCGACCGUGCAGCUUUUGAGCUCGCAAAAAAGGAUGCUGUCUGUGUGUUUGCAAAGCAGGGUGACAUUAAUGUAGAAAGAAUCAAGUGUUCGAGGUAUUUCCAAGCUCUUCUUCAGAAGUCCAAAGCAAAUGCUGCUGAUCAACUGAGUCCAACAUGGCAAGAGUUUGCCAGCCAAGGGGCUCCACACACUGACGAAAGCCCAGCUGAUAUGGAAAAUGAGAAGCUAAGCAUCAGGGCUUCAAAAUUAAUGAUGCAAACAAAAUUGACAUCAUUAUGUAGCAGUAAGUUCUUGAAGGCAGAUGGCGUACCAGACAGGAAUAUGUUCAAAUCAGAGAACCUAUCUAAAGAGUGCGCUGGUAUUGAAACUAGAACAAAUCAAAAUGGUAGCAGGCAUCCUGCUUACCUGGAGGUUGAAGAGGAUGUCAAACCCCGUGGGCUAGUGCAGAAUGCAAAGCGGAAACAUACAGGGUUCAGAAGUCCUAUAUGUGAAGUUUCAAAUUCUCCAUUAAGUAAUGAUGAAGGUGAUGCCCCUGCCAAUGAGUUUAUGACUGCCAGGACAAAGAUGGAGAUGGAUGUUGUGCAAAAGCCUGGGCGUAAUGGUCCACAAGGUGCUUCUGUAUCGCCCCAAUGUGAUAACAAUCAUAGUACACGGAACUAUGGCGUGAGGCCAAGCUGGAAUUCUCGUCGUGGACCACGUGGUGGUUUUGUACCCCCUAUCAGAAAUAAUGGAGGCUCAGGUACAACAAUCUCACGGGUCACUGGAAAAGGUGACGAUUCCAUGGAAGAUUCAACAAGGAAAUGUAUUGAAAUGCUUUGUGGCCCUGAUGGUGAGCUUCCUGAGAAGCUUAGGAAUUUGGAACCUCGCCUUAUUGAACAUGUCAGUAAUGAAAUAAUGGAUAGAGAUCCUAAUGUUCGCUGGAAUGACAUAGCUGGUUUGGAACAUGCGAAGAAGUGCGUGACAGAAAUGGUGAUAUGGCCACUGCUACGUCCUGACAUAUUUCGUGGUUGUCGGUCUCCUGGAAGGGGUCUACUACUGUUUGGACCUCCAGGGACAGGCAAAACCAUGAUUGGGAAAGCAAUAGCUGGUGAAGCAAAGGCAACAUUUUUCUACAUAUCUGCUAGUUCACUGACAAGCAAAUGGAUUGGUGAGGGUGAAAAGUUAGUUCGGGCACUUUUUGGUGUGGCCAGUUGUCGCCAACCUGCUGUCAUAUUUGUAGAUGAGAUAGAUUCAUUGCUGUCUCAGCGCAAAUCUGAUGGUGAACAUGAAUCAAGUAGGAGGUUGAAAACACAGUUUCUAAUUGAGAUGGAAGGUUUCGACAGUGGAAAUGAGCAAAUCUUACUUAUAGGAGCAACAAACAGACCUCAAGAACUGGAUGAAGCAGCACGCAGGCGUCUCACAAAACGUCUCUACAUCCCCCUUCCUUCGUCAGAAGCACGGGCUUGGAUAAUUCGCAAUCUAUUGGAGAAGGAUGGACUUUUCAUGCUUUCCGAAGAAGAAACAAGUGAAAUAUGCAAAUUAACAGAAGGUUACUCAGGAUCUGACAUGAAAAACUUAGUGAAAGAUGCCUCAAUGGGACCACUAAGAGAGGCUCUUCAAAGGGGCGUUGAAAUCACAAAGCUCAGCAAGGAGGAUAUGCGAUCUGUGAUGCUGAAGGACUUCGAGAGUGCUAUGCAGGAGGUCAGACCUUCUGUUUCUUCCAACGAGCUUGGGAUGUAUGAAGAAUGGAACAAGCAAUUCGGUAGCCUAUCAAUCUAGUUUGUAGAAUGGCAUCAUCAGGUAAAAACGUCAUGACAGGACUUCAGUGCUUUACUCAGAAUAUGAUAUCCACAACACACCUGGGCCCCAAAUGUUUAAUCUACGAUGGGAAAAGCUUGGUUGUAGGUUCUCUACAAAUAGUUGUCAGGUAGAAAUUUUAUAUAUAUGAAAGCUUACGGAUAUCCCAACCGAAAGCACACAUGGUUCGCUCAUGUGUUUGUAACAGCAAUAUCAGCACCUAGCAUUCUUUGGACCAUUUGAAGUUAUAUUUAGUAGAGAAGAAUGUUAGCAGAAUCCUAAUGUACAUGGAAAAGGAAGAUAAUUAUUGUUCA